GUCGAUGAGCUGCAAUCGAACAUCGCUUGUGAGAUGCUUGGCCCGCCACUAUUGCAAUUUAGGUCUUCAUCAUUGUAUCCUUGGGUCCAGAGUCGGCUUCGUAUCCUUGGCUUCAUCUAUCACAUGCGAAAAGGCAUGAGAAGGUGCAUGGGUGCGAUCAGUCGAUUCGAUACUGUCCUAAGUGAUAGUUUUGUGAAGCCGCCGUUUCCAUGGGGCCGUGAGGUGUAUAGUGCAGCCGAAGACGAACGAAUUAGUCAUCUUCGAGUCUUUCACGAGUAUUGCAAGCCCGUGGAGUAUAUAUACACGGCAGUGCAUCCGUUUACUUCGGCAUCAUCGACAUUAUGGCUCCUUUGGUCACCAUAAACAAGCACACCACCGCCUCAAUUCCGAGGCCACACAUUCUUUACACCAUUGAAGUCACUCGGAAUGGCGCUCACACUGCCGUGGAUCGGAGGUACAGCGAGUUUGUCGCACUGAAUGAUACGCUCCAAGUCACUAAAUACUUGCUCCCUCCCAAGCGCAUACUUGCAACGACCUUCAUUCCGUCUGCGUGGCUUGAUGAUGAACUCAUCAAGGAACGAAAGGUGGGAUUGAAGGAGUACGUGACGAUGCUGGUGAGGGAUCCGCAGUAUAGCAGCAAUCCGAUCCUGCGGGAGUUCAUUUUGCCCUCGAAACCCUCUCCGCCUCGUCGACUUCAAGAUGACCUGCUUCACCUUGAAGACGCCGUUCCCUCAACGCUGUCCCGGAAGGCGGCUUUGGCUUUGGUCAAAGGUGGAGUCAAGGCGCAGUCGACUUCAAUUGCUGGAGCUUACUAUCCCAGUUGGAGCGCCAGUAGUCUCCCACCGGAAAAUUUAGAUUAUUCUAAAUUCGAUAUUCUUUUCUUCGCUUUCGCUACGCCUAAUUCUUCUUCGGGAUUGACAUGGGACUCUGGUAGUCAAGCCAUUCUUCAGAGGCUUGUCACCAGUGCUCGAAACAGCGGCAAGGGAACGAAAAUUGUUCUAUCAGUCGGUGGAUGGGGUGGUAGCUAUUGGUACUCGCAGGCAGUUAGUAGCCCAGCCAAUAGAUCUACGUUCACCAACGCCCUAUCAUCCGCGGUGAGCACGUACGGUCUUGAUGGUAUCGAUAUUGAUUGGGAAUACCCUAACUCUGCAGGUGCUGGAAAUCUCUACGCAUCAUCGGAUGCGGCAAAUCUCUUGAGCUUGGUACAGUCGCUUCGCUCAGCUCUUGGUACAGGAACGAUCAUUUCUGCAGCUGUGCCCCACCUUCCGUGGAUAGGUUCCAAUGGUAAACCCCUCACAAACGUCUCGGCUUAUGCGAAAGUAAUGACAUAUGUCAACAUCAUGAACUAUGAUGUCUGGGGAGCAUCAUCGACACCAGGACCCAAUGCUCCACUUGGGGAUCUCUGUGGUACUUCCUCGCAACCUAACGCAAACGCUCAAGCCGCUCUGUCACAGUGGACUUCAGCCGGAUUCCCUGCAUCACAACUCCUUCUCGGUCUCCCAUUGUAUGGCUACGUGUCUCAGAGUUCUGGCACCGUUCUUUCGGGAAGCCUCAUGCCCUCCUCCGAGAUGGUUCUCAUCCAAGGGAAUGAAGAAACCGUCGACGGCAAGGCUCGAGUGCGCAAGAUGAACUUCCUCAAUGGCGCCCACGCUCGGCCGAAGAAUCAGGAAGUCAAAGCGAUGGCGUCGCUCCAGAGCUGGUGGGGUCAGCAAAUUCCUUUUAGUUCUCUUGUGUCGUCGGGUGCUUUGGUGAAGAAUGCGGAUGGAACCUAUUCAGCAAGUGGUGGUUACACUUUCAACUGGGACGACUGCAGUGACACGCCGUACUUGUAUAACACCUCUCAGACGACUGUAGUAACCUACGAUGACACUUGGUCCUUGGCGGACAAAGCGACUUUCGCGAAGAAUAAUGGAAUGGGUGGUUGCUUUACUUGGUCUCUUGAUCAGGACGAUGGUGUUUCUCUGAUGAACGUGAUUCGAUCUAGUUUGGGCAAGUAGAGUGCCACUUCUGUGGGCACGUAAUGGAACGAAAUGAACUCGACGAUUUGGCGACAUCAUUCCUUGUAGUGCCGCCGAUUCUUACCAUAAUACAUAUUGGCGCUCUUAAUUUCCGC